AUUGCCUACCCAGACAACCUCCAAACCCAAUCGCAGCUCGUCCAACUACCGCAAGAAAUCAAGAACAUCAUCUUCAAUCUGUGCUUCACCGCCGAUGGCGCUAUCGUUGAGCCAAUCCCGAACAGCGGGCCCUCGAAGGGUGAUGUCUCUCGCAGGAUGGGAGUCGAUCUGUUGCAGACCUGCCGCAGACUCUACCAUGAGACAGACCGCCGAUCAUUGUUUACCCAGAAUACUUUCCGCUUCAGCACCGUCGACCGUAUGAGCACCUUCCUGAGGUCACUCAGACCUGUCCACAGCGCCUGCAUUCGGGAUGUCGAAAUCGAUGCGCAGAGUAUGCACUCCAACCACCCUGGGCUAGCUUGCGUAUGGCUGCACUACCUCGCGUGGGGCAAUGGCCAGUGGGACAAGUCACUAGGUUCCUUACAUGUGGAUGCUCCUGGGCUCAAGUACCUCCGGCUGAACUUCGAAUCGUGGCCCAAGAUUGCUAUGAAGAGGGUCGAGCUUUGGAACCAACUCAGAAACAUGCUGUCAAAAAUCCAAGGUCUCGAGCGAAUUGUUGUUAUCGGUGCAAGCAAAGGUGCAGCGAUGGCAAAGCGAGCUCCCUUCUCCCCAGUCCACUGUGUUGGAGGUGAUGAUGUC